AUAAAUAUCAACAAAAUGCCAUUACACAAAUAUAACAAGAUGAAACUCAGCGACCACAGUUUGAUCGCCCACCGUAGAGUAUACGACCAAGUCCAUUGAAUAUAUAAAACCCACAAAAAACUAUAGAAAAUGAUUUUAUGACAUUAUAAAAUAUCAGAGUAGACAAAAAUCCACUCCUCAAUUUGCAUAAGAACCUCUCAAGAAACUUUGAAGUGUCUACUUUUCUAGUUAGUUUUUUCUUUUAUAUUCAACUUUUAUUGUAUCUUCGAGAGAACAACAAAAAAAAAGGUAAAAUGGAUAGACAAAAAAGCAUGGAGAGAGGGUUACUGAGGAAGAGCUUAAGCAUAAGAGAGAGGAAGUUCCCAAACGAUGACCUUUUUCUUGAAACUGGAUUAUCGAGGAAAUCCCCGAGAGAUAUAAUCAAGAAAUCACCGAGAGAUAUUAUCAAGAAAGCUCAAAACGACGAUGGUGAAUGUCGUGUUACCGGCACUGUUUUUCUCAGCACCUUUGUUGCCGUCUCUGGCUCCUUCUGCACCGGUUGUGGCGCGGGUUUUUCAUCGGGUGCCCAAUCAGGGAUUACCAAGGAUCUAUCUCUCUCAGUUGCAGAGUACUCUAUGUUCGGGUCCAUUUUGACGUUAGGAGGUUUGAUUGGUGCAGUAUUCAGCGGUAAAGUCGCUGACGUCUUGGGAAGAAAGCGGACCAUGUUGUUUUGCGAAGCCUUUUGCCUUACAGGCUGGCUUGCGGUGGCAUUGGCUCAGGACGCAUUGUGGCUGGACUGUGGAAGAUUAUUACUUGGAAUCGGUGUUGGUUUAUUUAGCUACGUGAUUCCAGUCUAUAUAGCCGAAAUUGCACCAAAGCAUGUCCGUGGAUCGUUUGUGUUCGCCAAUCAACUGAUGCAAAAUUGCGGCAUUGCACUCUUCUUCAUCAUUGGCAAUUUCAUUCCAUGGAGAUGGCUAGCAAUAGUCGGUUUUGUGCCAUGCGUGCUCCACGUUUUUUGUUUAUUUUUCAUUCCCGAGUCUCCAAGAUGGUUGGCGAAAAAAGGUCGCGAUAAAGAAUGCCGAUCGGCUUUGCAACGCCUUAGGGGACCCGAUGUGGACAUUUCGUGUGAAGCAAACACAAUUAGGGAUACCAUAGAAUUAUCGGAGCUCGAUGGUGAAACUCGAAUGGCAGAAUUGUUGCAGAGACGAUAUGCAUAUCCGUUACUUAUCGGAGUCGGUUUAAUGUUUUUGCAACAAUUGAGCGGUAGCUCGGGUGUAACUUAUUAUGCCAGUAGCCUCUUCCAAAAAGGAGGAUUUCCUAGCGCUAUCGGCACAUCAGUAAUAGCCACGAUCAUGGUUCCGAAAGCAAUGCUGGGAACAAUCAUAGUCGAUAAAUUGGGGAGGAGAACACUCCUAAUGUCUUCUUGUGCUGCGAUGGGCUUAAGUGCUUUGCUGUUAAGUGUUUCCUACGGUUUCCAGUCAUUUGGAAUUCUCCCGGAUCUCACUCCCAUCCUCACUUGCAUCGGCGUAUUGGGUCAUAUCGUGUCAUUUGCGAUGGGAAUGGGAGGACUACCAUGGAUUAUAAUGGCUGAGAUAUUUCCCAUGAAUGUGAAAGUGUCAGCGGGAACCUUAGUUACCGUAACUAAUUGGUUAUUUGGUUGGGUUAUCACAUAUACUUUCAACUUCAUGCUACAAUGGAAUGCAUCAGGAAUGUUCUUCAUCUUUUCAAUGGUCUCCGCAUUUUCGAUUGUAUUUAUAUACUUUCUAGUACCGGAGACGAAAGGCCGAUCACUUGAAGAAAUACAAGCAUUGCUCUCCAACUCUGUACAAUGAUUCAUACAAAUCGAUUAUAUAUUGUAAUUGAAAAAUCGAUUAUUAUGAUUGGUGUGGGGUUUACAUGAGAUUUGUGUAUGGAUCUAAUUUUACAUGGGAAAAUGGCAACAAUAAAUUUGUAUUUUUCGUGUCUGAAAAAAGCUGUAUGGUUUUAGUUAGGUAUGCAUCAAAAUAUAUAGUUCUGUGUGAUAUAGUAAAGUAUAAAUUAAAAAAAAAAUGUCAAUAAUCACGCAUCCGACUAUAUACACUUUCUUUGUACAUGAUCAAUUAUGCUAACUAUAAAUCGGACGGUGGAAGAGUUCGAGCAGUUGAACAAUAUAGGGAAUAUGUCUAAACAUAUGGUUGAUGAACCAAUGGGUCGUGUUGAUGGUUCUCAUGAAACAUGGAACAGUUUUUCUUUGCAUCUCGAUGAAUAUUUUGAUUUGUUAGAUAAGACUACCGAUGAAGAAUGAUGCUGAUUAUUUGCACAUUGCUAGUAUUUAUCUCAUGUGUUGGUUGAUUUUCAAUUGGAAAUAAAGUUAGGAAUAUUUCGUUGGUUCAAGAAUGAAUAGGAAACCACAUUUGCAUACCGGUUAAGUCUGGUUCACCAAUGUGUAGAAUGUCGUUUUCUAAAGGGCUCUAUAACAUUUGGUUAC